AUGCUCGGUGCGAGCAGCAGCGAGGAAGAUGAUGACGAUUUUGGAAAUGAAGAACCGGAGGUUUUUAUUCUUUUUCCUUAAGCACUGACUUAGAUUUACAUCUUUUUUUCGCAAUAAGAGGGAGCUUUUUUGACCAUAGUCGUCCAAAUAUAGGAAAAGUACGUUCCAAAAGGACAUUUUUGGUUUGAAAUUCAUUUUCCGUGGCUCAAAUAUCGCCCGUCAUUUCCAUUUCGCGAAAUUUAUUGCUACAGGGCCUCUCCUCAAGUGCUUCUCAUUUCGGGGCGAUGCUGAAAUGAUUCAAACCAAAAAAAAACAUGCAAGAAAAGGGAUUUAUUUUUCCGUUGCUUAGUGAGGAUAAAAUGCUUUUUUUUUUCUCUUCACUUUUUUGAUGUCUUUUGUGAUUUAUAAGAUCGGGAAAAAGAGAAGAUUUUUUCAAGGCUUUUUCGUAAGAGAGAGAAGAGCACCUUCUGAAGAAAAAAAUAGAACCUGAAAAAUUUCACAAUGAUGAAAAAAACAAUGAAAAAAAUCUCUGGUUUCUAUUGAAGUUUGAAUAAUAAAUUCAAGGCUAACUGCACGUUUUAAAUAAUCUAUUUCAUUUUUUUCGAAGUCUUCAAAAAAAUUUUUUUCAAAGAUGUGUAAAUAAAAAAAUUUGAAAUUAAAAACGAGUUGGAAAAAUUGAAAAAAAUCUCAAAAAGCCCUCAUGACAGAAAAAUUUUUUUGCUGUUUUUGUGUUUUUUUUCCGUUUUUUCGUGGAACCUUGUUGUUUAAUUUCAGUCAAACACAUCAGAAAUUAUGAAAUAUUUCUUGGAAAGUUCUGUGUCGAUUUUGACUUUUCAGGUGAAAACUGAACUCAGUUCUGAGUUUAAAAAAAACUAUUAACUCAUUACUAAACAAGUCAGGUUCCACAGACCCAUUUUUCUUGUUUCCUGGAGUUUUAUGAAGGGUUAAAAACAGGUAGAUGCUUCCAGGUGCUGCACACGACAUCGAAGAAGCGGUCGCUGCUCAGCGGAGCCAUCUCGCCGCGGAGCAGCUCUCCGGCCCCGUCGGACUCGGUCUCACAGACCAACUCCCUGAAAAGGAACAACUCCAGCAGCACCUACCGACGCAAAGACUCGGCCCAGAGUCAGACCCCAGCCAGAUCGGUAAUUUUCUUCCUAACAAAAAAGAAGAUAAUUGCACUAAAAUUUGAAACUUCUGAAAAUUCGCCCAAAACAUUUUUAAAGGGUAGGUGGAGACUCCUCAUCGUUCGGGGUUUCGCGUUAAAGUGAUUCAUGGUCUGUUGAACGAAAACUUUGAAAAUCAGAUUUCAAAAACUAGCAGCUUGCACAGUAACCAUUCGGAAGAUUGAUCUUCUGAAAAUAUUUUAGGAAUAAAUCGUAAAUUACAAUGACUUUUUUCGUUCUAAAAAGACGUUUUACCGUGAUAUAAUUCUUCCGCCACUUCUUGAAACCGACUGAACUAUCUGCGUCUCUUUUCCAUCGGUCAUAGAAACAUGAAAACAUCCCGUAAACAAAAUAAGGUUGCCAAGAGAAAAAAAGAGCGCAGAAAUAUCAGAAAGUUUCAAGUAUUGACCGAUGUAAUAUUUUCUUUUUAUUAUUCUUUUAUACCCAAGCUUCACCGGUUGUUACCUUUAGAAAGCUGCAGCUUGAAAAAAAAAAACUUUUCCAAACUUUUUCCUUUAGAUCGAAAUCCCAGUCUCAUCAGGAGUUGUGAUAAAUUUCCAAAAACCAUUAUUAGUAGCUUCAAAAAUUUUUAAUCUCAUUAUCAUUCCUACAAAAUUCCAGCCGAUGAGAAUGGCGGCGCCGUCCCCAAUACAGGUAGGAAUGCGAAUGAACCACUAACACUGUUUUUUAACCUUGAGGAUUGAUCAACUUUCCCCACGAAUGUUAUGAAUUUGACUGAUUAGAUGUGUUGUCCUUCAUGCAACCCCAGAUAUGAUAUGAAGCCUCUGAGGUUAUGUUUUCUUUUGGGAAAUGGGUGCUUCUCAAUACUUCACGGUUUUUGUAGGUCUGAUUAGUUUCCUAAAGAUAUCGUUAGACCUUCUUUUUUUUUCAAAACCGCGACAGGUUGUUUUGAGAGUUUGUUUUAGACUGUUCAGAGACGAUGUUGUCUAGCAUGGCCUGAAAAAAAAAACUAAUUUUUAUUACUUCUCCGUCACACAGUUUGAGUGUGAGAUGAAGUAUUUCUUAAUUUUCCAUAGAAUUUUUAUUUCCUUGGAAUCUUUAUCAGAAGAUUCAUGCACGUCUAGACUCUCUGUCAAAAAAUACUAGAACCGGCUAUACGAAAAGAUAAUUGUAAAAGUCAGAGUUUUUACUCCCGAUGCUGUAUUUUCAAGUGUGUCCGAUCCUGAUUAAUUGUACGAAAUGUUAUAUUCCUCGCAUCCUUUCUUCCCAAAUUUGCAUGUUACUAACAACUGGUUUUGUUAGAAAGGAAAAAAAAACCAAUUUUUGGAAUAUCGCAUUCUAACCCAGACAAUAACUCAUUCACGUUGGACAAACAAGAAUGAAGAAAAAAAAGGGUCCGCAACACUUUUUUGCCCCCAUGCGAUAAUAGCUUUUGCUCCAAUUUAUAGGGAACAAAAAUAAGGAAUUUCUUGUCCCUUCGCAUGUCGUUGGUUGAUGGUUGGCAACAUGACUAACGAAUGCGCAUAUCUACUUAUAUGUAUAAUUUCCAUUUGCCAUGACUUGUGACGUGUACGAAAGGGCGAUUAGGCCAAUAUUUGAACUUCAACGGAGAAAAACGCGACGCGAAUGCGACGCUCUGAAAUAUUCCACGAGACCUUGGCAAAUGAAUGAUCCACUUUUUUUUCUGAGCAGCGCUCGAAGUUGAAAAAGAAUGCUUGGAAGGCUUUGGAGACAGGUUACGGUAGUGCACAAGUCUGCUAAAGGUUGUGUUGUUUGAAAAGAAGCAAAGACAACGUAUUGAAUUUUGACCGCUAAUCCCUUUUUAUGGUGAUCGUCUAUGUCUUACGUUUCACUGACCUCCAGGAAAACUAUGGAAGCCUUAAACUGCGGACUUUUGUGACACCCUAACCUUCCAUCAAUGGAAAAGCUCGAAAAGAGACAUUUGAAACAUUUUCAGGCGCGGACAGUGUCUACAGUAUCCCGGCCGGUCCUUCAAUCGUCGCAGGAUAUCAGUGGCGAUGAGGAUUAUGACCAGGAAGCCACGACGCAAGCCGAACACGACGAAGAGCCCAGUUUAAGCAAGGAGGAACAGGAGCGGAUACGGUAAGAAGCAGUGGAGACUGUGGACGAUGAAAUAUUUAGGAGGGGGAUAUCUACUUUGGAAAGAUACGAUCUAUAUAGCUUUAAUAUUUUUAGCGUCUUCGAACGGAAAAUCUUUACAACUUGAGCCUUUAGAAACAUUGUAAAACUCUGUUUGCUUUGCUGAUUGGAAAUGAAAAUCGCUGAAAAACUGGAUCCAAACCGGUGCUCGCGUCUCUCAUACAGAAAAUUUCAAUAAAACUCAUUUUUGCAGAUUUUCCUUGAUUCAACAAGCAUCAGUUUCAGCUAUUAUUUUCGGCUUAUUUUGAGCUUUUUUUUGUCAUAUUUUUGAUAAUUGAUUCAUCAUCAAACAGAUUUUCUCUGUCACCUGGAAAAGAAAUUUGAAUGUUCACUCUGGACAUAUUUUUCUUUUUGAGAAUGCAUUUAGUAUCGUUUCCCUUAUUUGAUUUCAAUACCCAACUUUAAUUUAUAAAUAUGAAGUUCGUUCAUUUUUUCCUUAAAUUCCGUUACAGAGCCGAAAAAGAAGAAGAAGAGCACAAGAGGAACCUGCAGAUGUACGUUUUCGCGGCGCGCUGUAUCGCCUACCCUUUCAACGGCCAACAAACCGGCGACAUGGCGCGACGGCAGCUGAAAGUUAACAAGCAUGAGCUGGCACGGAUUCGAGACAGGUGGAAAACGUCCGUUUUUUCGAGAAAACAGCAAGUUUUUCAGAUUUCAUUCGUUCCUCAAAGGGGAGACGAACAUUGCGGCGGAUGAGGCGUUGACCAAAGCGAUUCAGAGUUACUACGAAGUUUUCCUCAAAUCGGAGAGGGUCCAGAAAGUCGUCCAUGCCGGCGGCUUCUCGCAGCAUGACUUUCGAGAGGUUUUGAAAGGGAGAAUAAAGACAUAAAGACAUCCAAGGCUUGAAAAUUACACAAAAAUGCGUAUCUACACUAAGAAACAUUAUUUUACUUUUUGUAACGGAUUCCUCGAAAAUAUGUAGUCCGGAAUACUCCUUGAUGUACUAGAAGAAGGUCCUGAAAGGAUAGAACUGAAGAACUUACUAUUUUUCGAGAAAGGUCACCUCGAAGUCAAAGAAACCAUGAAAGUCUGUCAAAUUGGAUUUUCUCAAACUUUGAGCUUUUGUUUUUUGAGAAAUAGAUAGUUUCGAAGUUUGAGACUUCAAGGAUUUUCAGCUUGUGAAUCAAAGAGUGUUUUGAAGGGUUAUCAGAAACUUUCUAGCUAUUUAUAAAAUUAGCUUUCUUGUAAGUUAGCUAGGUUAAAAUUAAGUACUUUUUAGGUUUUCCGGUUAAACAUCGAGAAACGGAUACGGUCGCUACCCGAUAUCGAAGGACUUUCAAAAGACACGGUAUUGAAUUCGUGGCUGACGAAGUUCGACGCGAUCAUCAAGGGUGACGAAGAUGCGCAGGCCAGAAACGCUAGGUUUACUUUGAGAGGAUACUUUUUUUGAAGGCUAUCAAUCAAUAAUUCAAUCAUUGUUUGGAGUGAAUAUAUGAAUCGAAAGAGGGACUCUACAUUUCCAUCAAAUUUCUUCAGAAUCGGUUCAUUGUUGUGUUUUUAUAGAAACCAUAAAACACAAAAACCAAAAAAAAAACACCAUCCUAUCAUCGCAAAAAGGGGGCGGGGCUUGAGGGUCUUUAGUCAUAAAUGUGCAUUGAUCAAUUUUUCUUACUAAGUUCUUCAAGAUUUCUAGAAUCUUUCCUAAAACUUAAGUUGGUAAAAUUGGAUGAAGUUUUACAGAGGCCGGGUCAGGAACGCUCAAAAUCAGCCGAAUGUCGAUUCGGUUCUGGGAAAAGAGCAGUUAUAUGACAUGUUCCAACAAGUUCUGGGUAUCAAGAAAUUCGAGCAUCAGAUUAUCUUCAACGCACUUCAGGUGAGAGAAGAGAAGAAAAUUUAAAACGAGAUUAGUAAAUAAAUCAAAUUGUUUAUACCUGCGCUUUGAAUGAAGCGACCGUUUUUUUUUUCUUGGAGUACUCGUGAAAGGAAAUUUACAGUACUUUUAGCCAUAGAGCUUGUUUUGUGAAUUCAUAGAUUAUUUUUAAGCUGAAAAUUAUGUAAAAACCUUUUCCUGCUGUUCUUUUAUACUCUCGAAAAGCUGAAAUUUGGAGUUCUGAAAAAUAUUCACAAGACGUAUCGCUUUUUCUUUCUCAAAAAUAAAACUUGAUUGAGUGACUGAAGUAAGUGGAAUUCGAUCAAGAAUGAGUAAGCGUUUUCAGCUGGAUAACCCCGAUGAACAAGCGGCGGCGAUUCGAAGAGAGUUCGCGACACGGGAAGAAGCUCUGAAAGACAUUGGCAAGGUAAAAAAAUAUCAAUAAAAAAAUUCAGAUUAACGGAGUUUAUUAAAAAAAUAAGCUUGAAAGUGAAGAAAAAAAUGAUAGGUCGAUAAAACUGAAAAACAAAAAUUUAGUUUUUCCUCGAUUUUUGAAUUUUUUUCUUUUUUUAAGUUUGAAUUUCAGGGUGCAUUUUUUUCGGUUCCGGGCGUCGUUGAUCAACGUUUUUUUAAUAUCUUAUAUUUAAAAAAAGUUCCGCGUCACGGGAACAAAAAAUCAAAGAUAUGGUUCAAUAUUUAUUUUUAAUCGAGAAACGAACCUGAAAAUCUGAAAAAAUUGAACUGGAUCGUUUGAGAAAGAUUGAAUAUUUCUCGAUUUUUAAUUUAUUCGAAAAAGUUUCCGUUCAAAGGCUUUUCCCUCGUCUCUUUAGACUUUGAUGAACGAGAUUUUUCGAAAUGUUCUCUAUUGAAAAAAAAGUUUUAAGAUGCGCCGAUUGAUGCCGAAAUUCGUUGUAAAAGACAUGGAGACGUUGUACAUGGACGAGGUCCGAAUGUCGAUAAAUCAGUUGAUUUCCAACCUGGAAACUGUGCCGGUGACGCCUCGGGGGCAGGCUGUUGGGAAACGAAAGGACAAGUCUCGGUAUUUUUUAGAGCUUUUUCUUUCCAUUUCAUCUUAGAUUAUGAUGGUUAUUUGGAAGGUUGUAUUGUUCUUUUUUAGAAAAGUUUUCACUAGAUUUUCAAUAUUUUUUGAAGUUUUCAACUUUUCAAAGAUUGAAGUGGUUUAGUUAACCUGGGAAUGUGAGACCAUUGAUCUUUUUCAAGAAAAGAAAUAAUUUUGAAAUGACCCUUUUUUUAAAUAUUUAUAAUCUCUUCUCAUCUUUUUUGGAUUGACAGCGUUCCGAAAAAAUAUGGAGCUUAAGGAAUUUUUUAGAACUUUAGAACUGCAAAGAAGCUUAAAAAGUCUGAAACGACGGAUUAGACUUGUCAAAAUUUGAACAAAAAAAGGGCUCAUAAGGGCAGUCUCAAUUCAAAAAAUGGAACUUAUUCAUUUCUUUUUUUGGCAAGGGAACUCAAUUUUGAAAAAAAAAAAUGGCCGAUUGAACGUUUCAACUCAUACACGGUAAUAUAUGUCUAACUCAAUUUUCGAUUUAUCAUACUUUCAAAGCUUUUUUUGAUCGAAAAUCCUUGAAAAUGAUAUUUUUCAUUUGUAAAAACCUUCCAAAUAAUCAUUACAGAUCAUCUAAAAUCCUACUUUUUCCUUCUAUUCUUUCUUCUAACUUGAAAAAGCCCAUUGAUUCGAUUUACAGAAAUCAAACCAAGACCAAACGGUACGUAGAACUCUUCUGUAUUUUUCUCACGCACUGACCUGUCCGUUUUCUUCUUUUAUUGGUUUUUAUUGGGAAGUACAUGGGCAAAUUAGUCAGAUGUGUCCUAACAAGUGACUUGUCUUGGAUUGAAACACGAAAACCGACUAAACAAAGCAACUAAUCCUGAUUGUUGCCUGGCCUGGGAAGCUUCAUGGGAUUUGAACCACGCAGAAGAAAUGGCUCAAUUUUCAUGCUCCGUUUUUUUUUUCUUCUUUCUGUCCUUACUCUUUUCCUGUUAUGUCUUGUCCGGUCAUGUCUUUUGAAAUCCUGUUGGAAUCACUCACACUUUUUUUUUACUUUUUUUCAAUUGUCCUCUGUCUGACAAGCAAUGAAAAUUGCAUGGGGAUGGGUGUUUGGAAGUCAAAACGCCAAAAAGUUAAUCAAGUGCGCUCCAUGAACAAAUGCUUCAAAUACGAUUUUCAAGAAAUUUGAAAUUUUCCGAAACUUCUGAAGAAUUAUCAACCAAAUGUGGUUUAAAGGCAAACUUUAUUCAUGGAAUGCAUUUGAAUUUAGAAUUUUUUUUUGUCAGCAAGUUUCGUAAAUUUAAUAUCUGUGUAUACAUCAAACUGACAAAUGCUACGAAUGAAGAAAAAAGAGUUUCAUCGCUUUUUUUUAAUGAAUGAAUUCACCUGGAUCCGCACUCAUGAACGUUCAUUUUGGAAAAAAAACGCGAUUUGAAACCUCACACUGGAGUUAAUUUUCGCGGCGGAAUCGCGAAAAACAAGCACUAAAAAUCGUCACUGGAGCACGACUGCACACAGCAACCAUGUUGAAAAUCAUGCAAAUUUUUUAUAAGUUUUUUUUUAGAUCGCGAAGUAUUGAAGACCUCUCGCUGUUCAACAGGUUUGUUCUGUCGAUGAGAAAAAAGCUUUGAAUGAUGAAAAAAUGUUUAAAGCAUGAUUCGCUUCAAAUUUAAAUAAUUUUCCGCUUUUUAACAUCAAAAACUGUAUGCUCGCAGAAUGCGCCAAUAGCUCGUUCCUGACGCUUUCUUGUUCUGCUGACGCAUUUUCUGACAUCGCUUAUGAUUUUUUUUUUCAAUUUUUUCAUCUUUUGAAAUCGAAAGAAUUCGCGCUUCCUCGUCUUCUCAUAUCUAAUUCUAUUGUUUUGUUGGUUCUUUGGCAUUCUUGGCUGAAACAUUUUAACUGUUAUGAGCGGGUUGAUUGCUUGGGUGAGUUGCUGCGUUGCUUUUCUGUGAUUUUUUGUCAACGACGGGUUGGAUAAAUUGGAAUUUUCAGUUUGAAACGAAGGACGAGCUCGAGUAGUUUGAACAAGGGAGAAAGUGACGACGGCGAAGUUACACUUACGAAAAGCGAUGUUGUUUUGGCUCUUAAUAUGGAGGUGCUUUUUUUUUUUGGAAAUUGACAGUUAAUUAAUUUUCUUGUCUGGGUACUUUAUUUCAGUUUGAUAAAAAAAAAAGAAAAGAUAAUUUUAUAUGAAGAUCAUCACAAUUUAAUCAUUUUUCUGACAGCUUUUAUGUGGCUCGAUAUCUUUAUUUAAUUUUUUUUGUGCUGAAAAAUCUGAGUGUUUUUCUUUGUUUUGACAAAAAACUAGGAACUUUAGGUCGUUGUCAUGGAAGUUCAAGGUUUGAAGUCCGUCCAACCUAACCGAAUAGUCUACUGUACAAUGGAGGUCGAUGGCCACAAGCUCCAGACUGACCAUGCCGAAGCCUCAAAACCAAAGUACAUUCCGAAAAAAAAAACACCAUCCAAUUCAAACUUCAGAUGGGACACUCAGGGAGAUUUCUCAACGAAAAACCCAUUGCCUGUUGUUAAAGUGAAGUUAUAUUCUGAAGUCAAAAGCAUCGUCUCUUUUGAAGACAAGGAACUUGGAAAGGUUCCUUAUCUCUUUUGAAAUUCCGAAUAAGAAUUAUUUUUAGGUUGUAAUACAACCGACGCCGAACUGCACUCGGAAUCCAGAAUGGUACACGAUGACUCUGCCGAAAAAUAGUCAAGACCCAAAUUUGAAAAUUCGGAUCGCGAUCAGAGUGGAGAAACCGCCGAAUUUGAAGUAUUGCGGGUAUUGCUACUGCUUGGGAAGAAGUGCGUGGAAGAAAUGGAAGAAGCGGUUUUUUUGCUUGGUUCAGGUGAGAAAUUUCUUUUUCACGGAGAAACUGAAAUAAAUAGAUCAUUUUUGAAAAAUAGAACUCAUGAGUUUAGAAUCAGAGCAUUUUUUUGAAAGUUUUUUUGAAAGUUCUUAAACAAAAAAAUUUCACAAGAGAUUAAACCAUUUUAAAACUGCCUAAGUCAACAAACUGAUAACAAAAAAAUAAAAAAACCUCAUCAGCCUAAAUUUUUCUUGCUGAAACAGUGAAACCAGAAUUUUUUUGUUCCUUGGUUAAAAAAAUUUUUAAAAUUGUAAUUUGUCGAAAAUGACAUUGACUAAACACAGAAAUUCAGGUUUCCCAGUACGCCUUCGCCGUGUGCAGCUUCCGACAAAAGAAGUGCGAUCCGACAGAAUUCAUCCAACUCGACGGCUUCACCAUCGAUUAUAUGCCCGACCCAGACCAAGAACUCGCCGCACAAGGGGGGAAGCACUUCUUCACGGCGAUCAAGGAGGGAGACGAGCUGAAGUUCGCGACGGACGACGAGAACGAGCGGCAUUUGUGGGUGCAAGCCCUGUACCGCGCCACGGGCCAGGCCUACAAGCCGGUGCCGCCCAAACAGUCGACCGUGGCGCCGAAAGCUCAGGGCUUCCAGGACAAGGCCAGCAAACACGGCAUGGACGCCCUCAUACAGGUGAGCCACGGCUAAGUUUUCUUCUCACUCGUAUUGCCGAGUUUGAGAUUUUAGAGCUGCUGUCAACUUUCUCUACAAAGAAAAAAAAAACUUAUGUAGGUUCUAGAAAGUUCUUGACGGUUUUUGUAUGAAUCAAAAGCAUAGGCUUUUACUAUCAUUUUCAUUGAAUCGGCUAAAAAAUGCGUGAAAGGUCGUAUUUUUUUUUUAGAAUUCUUUGAGACUGUCAUGAAAACUUUCGAAGAAUUAAGAGACUUCACUUUAAGAGCGUUCGCUUGAUAUUUUUUCUGAUUUUAGAAAAUUUUGUGAGAUUUUGAAGCGAUCUAGAUACUUUUUGAGCUCUCGGAAUUUUUCUUAUAGCUUUCAAGUGUUUUUGUGUGGUUUCAAUCCUUGGGAUAGCUUCGAUGAAAUUUUUCACAAAAAUCAGUGAUUGUUGAAAGUUUCUAUAAGAAUAUUGUUUCAUUAGCUUUUUUUUUACUUUUCUCUAAAAUGGACUACAAUUUUUUGAGUCAUCCUGCAUCCACCAAAUUAGAGCUAUUUUUUUUUUACCACAAAAUUCUUUUCCAGGCUGACAUCAUUAACUUCAACCACGACCACCUCUUCGCGGAUAUUCAGAAGUCGACGCUGCAAUACCGAUUAGAAGAGCCGAUUUGUUCCUUGGUAAUCCUUUGAAAUAGUUUCCGAUGAAAUUCGAAUUUUCAGGGCUGGUUCUCGCCGGGACAAGCGUUCGUUCUGGAAGAAUACUGUGCGAGGUACAUGGUCCGAGGGUGUCAUCGACACGUGACGCUGCUCUGCGCCCUGCUGGACAAGGCCGACGAAGGGCUUCUCAUCGACCCGGCCUUGAUCCACUACUCGUUCGCCUUCUGCGCGUCCCACGUCCAUGGCAACCGAACUCUUCCUGACCGUCAGGGGUUUCCCGAUCAACUCCAGCUUCUUCUUGAAGAAAAGAUUGGUUUCAGACCGGAAGGCGUCGGGACUGUGUCGUUGGAGGAGAAGGAGAAGUUCCAGGAGAUCAAAGAACGACUCAGGGUUCUUCUUGAGAAGCAGAUCACUAACUUUCGGUAGGUAUUUAAUGGAAAAGAAUGAAUUUUUUUGCAUACGUAUUUCUUCUAAAGUUUUAUUCCGAUAUCAAUUAAUAGGUACUUCAUAACUUUACGUUUUCCUCUUAAUCUAUUUUAACUUCUAUUUUUCUCUACUCGUCUUUGUAUGGAAAAAUGCGACCUCUUUCUUUUGUUUCCUCCGAGGUGCUUGUUAGUCAUGCCGAAAAAUUAAUAAAAGAAAAGAGAGGUUUGCUGUUUUCAAGCUGUAGCGAGAAAAGUAUAUCCAAAAUAGACAAAUGAGCAGACCAUUUAUAGAGGCCGUCAACCUUUUUUUGCCACUCCCACACUUAAAUUAUAGUCAUUAUCAACUCCUGCGUUUAAAAUUUGUUUUCAUCGUUGCCAACAAUACCUCCUUUGAAAUCUUUUCACAUGCUCUUUUGGUAAGUUUUUGUGAAAUAACCCCUCCUCCUGGGCUAUUUGAGUUCUUAACUUGUCCAUGUUUGUUUGUUUCUAGGUACUGCUUCCCGUUUGGACGACCUGAAGGCGCGUUGAAAGGCACGUUAUCUCUACUGGAACGGGUUCUGAUGAAAGAUGUCGUGUCGCCGGUACCGCCAGAAGAAGUUCGAGCCGUCAUCCGGAAAUGUCUCGAAGACGCCGCCUUGGUCAACUACACGCGGAUAUGCAAUGAAGCCAAGAUUGAACGUAAGUCUUUGAAAAAACAAACUAGAAAAAUUAGCGACAAAUCAUCUUUCAAGCUAUAUAGGGGUUUUGAAUGAGAUCUUUAUUUUUCGACCUUUCUUUGGGGUUCUAUACCAUUAUUUUCUGAUGGUCUGCUCGCACGUGAAAUGGCUCAAAGUGUCUCUCUUCGGUGGGAAUUGGAUUUACAAGGCACUUGGUCGCAUUCUUGGUUAGACCCCUAAGCCGUUUUAGGUGGAAAAUGCUCCAAAACGACUGCUUCACAGCCUUUAUGAGCCGAUCCAUUCCAUUUUUGGGCAUAAAAUUGUUUCAAUAUAUGAAAGAACUAAAAGGAAUUUUUUUGGUUUUUAGGAAACAUUAUUUAAUUUUUCUUUCAAAUAAAUAAUUGAAAAAAAAUGUUCAUUGAGCGUUUUUCCAGAACGUAUGGGCAUAGAUGUGAGUCCACAGCAGAGGAUAGAAGAUAUGAUUCGAGUGACCGAAUUUUGCAUUGAUUUGCUCAAGGAAAAUGAAGAACACCAUGGCGAGGUUGGUUCUUUUGUCCUCAAUUUCCUAAUUUUCCUUCCAAAAUAAUUUCAAAUAAAUAUUUUUAGCAACUCCGCGGCGUAAGUUUUCUAUCUCUAUUCUAUACAUAUAGCGUUUGUUUUUCCCAAAUGAGUGCUUUUUUUUCUGGUCGCUUUUUUUUUGUAAUUUUGAGAUUUUGAAAUUGGGACACAUAGCCGUUGAUUACCCUUUUAUGUUGUUCACCUCAUUGCAAUAUUGAAAUUUUAGGAAAAAAGUUCAAAAAUGCACCAUUUUACACGCCUUUUUGUUUUUAUCAUAAUUUUAUUGCUUUUCUUGCAUUUUCAAUAGGGGAAUUGUUUUUUUUAGGGAUUUAGAGGAUUUUCACACGCUUUUUGUUUUUAUGAUAUUCCUAAGAGCUUUUUUUGCUGUUUUGAGAAAGUUUGAGUUUUUCUCAACGAAAAUGUUAUAGCUUUUUGGAAGAUGGUGUGCAGAUGAAAAAUUCCGGACUUGCCGAAAGCGAGAGAGUAUAAGAAAAACGGAGAGUUUAGAAGUUUAUCCAUGUCUACUGCCUUUCUUCUUUUCAUUACUUUGAGCUUUCGAUAAUUCUAGAAAUUUUCUCUGUCCUGCAUCUUUUGAGUAGGUGUGCAGUGAAUAAAACAUUCCGAAUGUUUUCGGCCGCGUCGCGUGUUGCGUCGCGGUCCUAAUCAUUUCGGAAUGACCGUUUUUGUUGUUUGUACGUUGGGGAGAGGACGAAAAUGGUUUCCACCAAAAACGUCCAUUUUUCAGGCUUUUGCUUGGUUUUCCGACCUUUUAUCGGAUCAUUCGGAGAUUUUCUGGUCUUUGUACUCUGUGGAUUUGGACUCGGCGAUGGAAGUUCAGCCAUCGGACAGCUGGGACUCUUUUCCUCUGUUCCAAAUGCUCAACGACUUUUUGUUAUCUGAACGUUUGAGUCUCUCGGUUUCUCCAAAAAGGCAAAACCUUUCAGCAUCUCUGAAGGGCGGAAUCUUUCACAAUAAGCUGGUCCAGCAGUUCCAGCCUCUUGUUGUACGAUAUAUUGACCUUAUGGAACACUCUAUCGCCCAAUCGAUCGAUAAAGGUUUCCAGAAGGAGAAGUGGGAGGCUAGGAAGUUUGAAAAAUCAAGAUAUGGAUAAAUAGUUUCUGAGUGUUAAGAGAAGGAUGCGCGACUUCGGAGGACAUUUAUUGGAAGUUGGAUGCCUUGCUGGCGUUUGUGGUCGAUUUGAAUUGGCCUGAGGAAGAGUUCCGCCGAUAUCUCCAAGUUCGGAUGAAAAGUUUGACGUCGGAGAUGAUUUCCAAGGUGUCCAACAGGUAGGAAAAAUUCGAGAUUCUCCAAAUAUUAGUUGUCUUCUUCACUCUCUGUCGGCUUUUUUGAAUCUUAUGAAAUAACUUUGAACAGUGCAUUAUGAUCCUACAAGUACUUCGAGUAACUUUUGAAAAAAAUCUAACUUUUCUCUACUUUUUCACAACACAAGUUUAUUUCAUAGAACACCGAAAAAUAAAAAUAAAAUUUUAUAGCACGUACCAACAAUUCGACAACUGGAUGCAAAGGGCCAAAAAGUCGACGGAUUGGAUGCUGCCGUCUGAAGUUUGCGUGAUGAUCAACGUGAUGUUCAGCUCGAAAACCAGAGCGACAAGGGUAGCCGUCGAUGCUGGAGAGGUACGAAAAAUGUCUCAAAAAAGAAAAAACAUUUUCCUGCAGUACAAGUACCAAUCAAAACUCGAUGAAACGCUCGACACUAUGCUGAAGGAUAUGGAAACGUGUAUACAGGUUUAAUUGUCCUGAAAAUAAAGUGGAGAACAUGGAAAGAUUCCAGGAGAAAAUGUUGGGUGUUUUGGAAAGCGUUUUGACCCGAUUGGCGCGGUACGACGAGGGGAAUCCGCUUGGCGCCAUUUUAAAUAUUACGGUAGGUUGCCUAUGAUUAUUAGUCUAAUAUGGAUGGGACGAAAUGAGUCCAUAAUAGCGAAGUUUUCAAUAUGAAUAAUAUUUUUGUAUAACGAUAUAUUCCAGCCCAAGCCUUCUUCGAUCUUCAACAAGAUGAAGACGAUGGUCGGCGAUUCAUCGGCGCAAACUGCCGCAGCAGCGGUAAAAAGAAAGAAAUGAUUUGCGGAAACGCAAAUAAAUGUUUCAGAGACAGCCCCUCACGGCUCAACAAUCCACUGGACACAUCGGCAACUCGUACGUGAUGUUCAUGCGUGGCUGCUCCGAGCUGUUGCGGCAGGUCGUCACCGACGAGAUCUGGGUCAACUGCUUGUUCGAGGUACCGGCUGAAGACAGGAUAAACAUGAAGCUUGAUUUUGUUCAGCAUUGGUACGACAGUCAGAUGAAGUCGAUCAACGAGUGGCUCAUCGAACGUCUUCAGCAAUCCCUGAGUCCGACUCAGUUCGUCUCCCUUUCCCAUAUUGUCAAGGUAGGAAUGGUAAAACUUUUCAAGAAGCCCAAAAAAUUCAUAUUUUAUUUGCUAAGGAAACUUCUAGAGUCUGAAGUAAUUAUAAGAAAAUUUUGAUUAUUUUUGUAGUCAUUUUGACUAUAAAUUUGAACUUUUCGUUUCAGUGUACGCUUUAGGGCUUCAAAGCUGUAGUGGCCACUAUAGUAAUCAAAUUAGUGGACACUUUGAAUGACGAAAAUUUAGUGGUCUCUUUAAGAGUCUUAGUGGCACUACUAGAACAUUAAAAACUACUGUAGUGGCCACUAAGAAACAAAAUAAUGGUUUCUAUAGAGGUUGUUUUAGUGGCCAUUCUAGUGUUUUCUUCUAGAAGUUCUUGAGGAACCUCUUACAUGGCCACUAAAGUUUUCACCAGAACUAGCUAGAAGGAAUCAGGAUAUGUUGGAUUUUAGCCAAACUAUCAGCAAAAGUGAACAACUUGAUUCAGUUUCAGACGUUACUGUUUGUUCUUUUCAAAUUGACUGCUUUAUUUUUGAAAAGUAGCUUUCAAUUAUUUUUUCAUCGAGCUCAAUUAUGCUCUUUUUUCUAGAAAGUCUACUCCGACUUUGAACUGCAAGGAAUCGACGACGAACGACUCAACAGCAAGACCUACCAGUCGAUCAAUCGGCGGCUGCAGUUGGAGGAGACCAACUCACAGUUACACGAUCAUGGUACAUUAUAUUUUCUUUUUCGAUUUUUCGAAACUGAACGGAAUAUUCUUUUUCCUAAACUCACAAAGGUCUUUCUUUCAGGAGCAUCGAACGGUUCGGCCUCCGUUUUGCCGACUUCGCUGAGCAACGCCACGGCGGCUGUCUCCAACAUGGGAAGCCUGAUGGAAGGCGCCGGAUCCAAGAUGUUCUCCUUGUUCAAAUGA